AACACGGUGCCAUUAUCGGCACUCACACCAUGUUCAGGCGGUCCCUUCAGGCAAUUACCUUCCAAAUCUCAGUCAAAAUUUUAACGUGAAGUGAAUUUCGUAGAAGAAAUUAACAGGAUGCAGGUUUUUAACGAGACGAGUCACGUUUUUCGGGCGACAGAUCUUAGGGGCGCGUGUGCAACGUUUUCUAAGCAUGCGUGAGCCAAAGUGAAUGAGCUGAUGGGAUGAUUGACGUGACAGACAAGCCGGAAGACAUUCUGCCGUAAGUCGGGCGGGGCGGGGUGAGUGCGCAAUGUCGUCCAACGUCUACCGCGACACGACGCUGGAGCCGUCCAAGGCGCGCCACCUGCAAGCCGUGUGGGACGACAGGGUGAGGGCGCUUGCCCGGAAGACCCCCGCCUUCGACGAGUACCAGAUCCAGGCGCUGUACCUCAUCUUCCACAAGCUCUGCGAGGCACACGAGUGGUGGGGCAGCGGGCUGGGCAAGGACCGCACGGACCGCAUGGACCGCGUGGGCUUCCGGGACGCCUGCAGCGCGCUGCUCGACAUCCAGGACGGCGCGGCGCUGGACGCGCUCUUCAGCGCCCUGGACCCCAACAACAAGCGCUACCUGACCGCGGCGCGCUGGGUCAAGGGGCUCGCCGCGCUCAAGGGCUCGGACCUGGACAAGGCGCAGCUGUGCUGGAGAGCCUACACCAAGGAGGAGACGCCGGUCCUCACCCGCUCCGACAUGAGCUCGCGCACCAAGGCCAUGUUCAUGGACGUCGGAGUCGACGACUUUGACGGCUUCUGCAAGGAGUUCGUGGACACGAUGCUCAAGGGCACCAAGGCAGGCAAGGAGGGCGUGCUGCCGCUGCCCGAGUACCUGGACAUCGUGUCGAAGCGGCCACUCCUCACCGAGCUCGUGCAGACCGUGCUGCCGGACGCGGGCGCCCUGGACGCCUUCCUGGCCACCUUCACCCCGCCGCCGCGACAACCUCGCAGGCGGCGGACGACCGCUGGCCCCAGUACAACCAGUGGGUCGACAGCACACUCCCGCCCCCCUCGCUCCCCACCCACUGACCUCUAAACU